AUGGACUUGGCUCCGCCGGCGGACUUGGAGUGCCCACUGACCGCCAGAUCGGGCAAGACGUUCGAGCAGAUCGUGGCCGAGUUCAGGCAGCACGAUCCAGACGGCCAGGGCACGAUGGAGCGAGGGCAGCUGCUGCACUUCCUGCGGCAGGUGCUCGCGCCCGCGUGCGCGGAGCACGAGAUAGAGCUUGUGCUGCGCGCGUCGGGGGCCCCGGAAGCUGGACGCGUGGCCUACGAGCAGUUCUUCCGGUGGCUAUCCUGCUGCGCUGCCGCGCGGAUCUCUCCCCGGGGGGACGCCCGCCGCCGCCCGCGCCGCCGAGCCCUGCGAGCAGCAGCCGGCUGCGGAGCGGGUCGUCUCGGCGGUGGACUUCACGCAGCUGCAGUCCGCGGCCGUCGCCCGAGGCGGCGACGGCUGCUGGGACGGCUCCACGGCGGCGGAUGA